GAGGAGAAGGAGCAGCUGCGAGUGGCGCCUGAUUUAAAAGCGUCGGUUGCAUGUGCAUGCAAAAAUGUGUUGCAUGCCUAAUGACCAAAGACGCAGCAGCAACAACAACAGCGGCAGCAGCAGCAGCAAAAGGGACUUUAGAAUAUUAACAGUCCUGCAAUUCAAAUAAAAUCAAUUCCGAAUUUAAUUAAGUGCAAACAUUUGUUGACUAUUUUGGAAAGGGGCAUUGAAUUGCCUUGAGAAUGCGUAAUUACUUCGUUCAGUGGGUUAAAAAUAGCAAACAGAUGCGCAAUUUUACCCAACGCCAGCUGAUAUAGAAUGUUAAAAGAAAAGAUUUUCAUUGAAUGAAAAUGCAAUGACAAUGUUCUUGCCAAGUAUUGUGCACUUUAAGCUAUUGUUUUUAAGCCCUAUAUAAGCUAUGGCUAUAUCGCAUAUCAGGGAGAGAGAAUCAGAAAUUGCCUAAAAUGAAAGUCUAUUUCUUGGCCGGAUUGGUGUUAAUGUCCUUGUUGGCUCUUGGCCAUGCUGAGGGAGAUGACAAGAAGCAGAGUCACAGCGUGACGUGGGGCGCUCGAGUGUUCAGGGAUACGCAUCUGGAGAGAGUUGUCAUCAGUGAAAAGUCGAGGUUCUUGCGCGUGGUCACACGUGACUACAAAUUCAAGCAGCAGUCCAAUUUGAAACGUAAAAUUACGCAAAUUGUGAUUACGGAUCAGAUCAAGGAGGGCAAGGGUGGCUAUGCGCAUCUUCGUGGUGGCGGACCUGGAGCCAGUUUUGCCGAGAUUCAUUUCAAGAGUCAGCGCAAUCGUGGAUUCAGCUUCAUUGUGGAUAUAUACGGAAUUUAAAUCUGGAUUGGAAAAAUUGUCUUAAUUAUGAGCAAUAUUUUGAUUACAAUUUACUUAACAUUUAUUUAUACUAUAUGUGUAUCAUUUUAAUCAGUAUUACGAUGCGAUUAUUCCCUACAGAUUCUGCCUUUCUCUUCCCCUCUUCCCCUCUUUCUCUCUCGCUCUUGUUGUCACUAUCUUUUUCACGUCUCACGUCUGUGUUUAUUUGCAUAGAUUGCGCACUGCUAUUGUUCAUUUUGUUUGUUUAUUUGCUGGAGUAAAAUAUUUAUAAUUCACAAACAGCGGCGACAACUUUAUUUAGUCGCA